UGAGCUACAGUUGAAAUGUUUUAAUAGCACCACCACCGGUGAGGAAAACCUCUUCAGCAAAAUGAAGCAGUUUCUUGUAGCGCUGAUUUGUCUCAGCAUGCUCAACAUUGUUUUGUCAGGAGCUCCGACUCGUAUACUGACCAGCUGUUGCAAGAACUAUUCAAAGAGAGUCCCCUCCAUCGACAAAAUCCAAGAAUAUAAAAUCCAGACAAAUGAAGGCUCUUGCAAGAUUAAUGCUGUAAUAUUCACAGUUGGGGACAAACGUAUCUGUGCAGAUCCAAAAAGGAAACGGGUCAUUAAAACUUUGAAACAACUCCCAGAAAAGGAAUAGAAGAUGAAAAUGAUGUUGAUUCUCUGAGAUUAAACUACCUGUGAAAUGAAGGAAGUUUUCAAAUACUUAAUAUUAUGCUCUGUCGUAUUUUACACAUAUCCUUGGAAAGUUUGCACAUGGAAGCAGCGUCUGCAUUUAUAUCAUUAAAUUGUGAAUCAGCUUCAUCUUAUCUGAUCCUCUCUGAUGUUUGAACUGUUUCUGUACAUCUCCACUACCACUACCACCUUUCCACGUGCCAUUAGAGUUAGGUAUGCAUAUUGCAAAAUAAAUAAUAAAUAAAAUCCGAUUGUCUUCCAUGCUUCUAUCAAUGUUGAGCAAUAGCAGUUAAUCAAGCGUAAAAUUAGUACUUUCUCACUGAUGAAGAGACAGAUCUUUCACAUGCUCCCAUGAAAUUUACCAAAGAGUAAGAUCUCCAUCUGCCAUACAAAAGCUUGAACCUCAGUGCUGCCAGUGUGGACCUCUACAAGUAUAUGUGUUCUCAUCUCCAAAGAGGUUUACAAAUUGUACAUUAAAAUCGCAUACUUACAUAUAUUGUAAGUAAUGCUUGAGCAUAAAGGGACCACGUAGAUCAAAGCAAUGAUAUUUUGUAAUUUCUCCAUUGAAAAUGGCUUCACUGUCAGGUAGUGAAAAGUCAUUCAUGUUAACUGUUUCUUCAGAGAAGAUUGAAUGAAGGAUGGGCCCCCUUAAACUAACUGGAUAGAAAAGAAUUUAUUUAUUUUCAAGAUUGAUUGCAUAAUAGCCCACAUAAUUUGCAUGCAGGAAAUAUCCUGAAAUUUCAAGCUUUUGUUUAAUGUCACUUUUUUAGUACUUUAUAACAUCCCACAAAGAGAAUUCUUCUACUUAAGUCAAAAAAUAUAGUUAUGUAUUUUAAUUAUAAUUUCCUGGCAUUUAUUUUCUGUUUCAAUAAAG